AUGUUGUCCCACGUUCGCAUCAAAGACAAAGAGCUGCGCAGGUCGCCCACAGCCAAGGCGAAGGCUCCACCAGACCUGCAGGCCAUGCUGAACGCCAUCACGACUCCGCCGAACCCGUCGCCAUCUCCACAGCGGACGGGCCAGUCAGCAUCGGCUGCAGGGAAGAAGCCGUGCCCGUUCGUCCACUUCAGGAGCGACGUCGGGCCCUCGGUCGGCGCGGCACAGGACGACGUCGCCAUCGAGACCAGCAGCGACGAGGAGGGAAAGCCGCUCUUCGCCCAGUUCGACGGCGAGCAAAUCAUCGUGAUCAUGUCGAAUGGGCGGCCGCGGACGGCCAGCAAGUACAAGUGCGGCGACGACGGCUUCCUGCUCGCGGAGUUCGACGGCCUCACUACGGAUGACGGCUCGGAGUACGUCUACCACACGGAGCUCACGAACGCUUGGCUGCAAGCAGACGGUACGUUGCAGAAGCCGCCCGAGCCAGUCGUGACGAAGGCCAUGAAGGCCAAGGCGAAGGCGAAGGCCAAGGCGAAGCCAGCGCUGUACGUCGGGAAGCCAGCCCUGCACGUCGGCAAGCCAGCGGGGGCUCAGGUCGCAGCCGUCCAGUGCGAGCGGGAGCUCGACUUCGUCGAGGCCAAACCCUGGAAGGAUAAGUUGGGGAAGACGCUGCGUGACAAUGCUGGCCCGUAUGGCUACAAACACACGCUCAAGAAGUGGCGCCGCGCCAACCCGUUCGUGAACUUCAGGCCGCCCGUCGACUACGACUACAACUCCGAGUCGGAGCUCAAGUGCAUAUUCAGAUUCGUGCACAUAUCUGAGCCCCACGUGAUCGUGUUUGGUUCACGUGCAGCGAUGGCUCCCAAGGCAUCGAAGCUGGCUGUCCUCCCAGGUGUCGGUGGCGCCCCCGUGGGCAAGGGUAGAGGCAAGUCGCAGGGCCGUGGCAGGGGCGGCAGGGGGGGCGGCAAGCCGAAGCAGCAGAUUGAUCAUGAGCCGAUCCCCGAGACCGCGAACGUUCCCAAACAAAUCAAGGCCCUGAUGGAUUCGCGCGGCGGCGACGAGACGAAGCUCGAUGCGAUUCUGUCGAAAAUGACAUCUGUUGAGAAGAAGGGGCCGUUCUCUGCCAUGCGUUACUUCCUGGCGUCGAACUCGCCGAGCCGCCUGCAAGAAUACACCGACACUGCUCUUACAGACACCGAGAAGGUCCGAGUGAUCACCCGUAACUCGCACGCACCACCGUACCCAAUGAGCAAGACUGAGAUCAAGCGGACGAGGGAGGACGCGGUCAUCGACGUAUGGGUGACGCUCGACGUGUUGGGCGGCCCGCUCUACCUGAACAACAAGGAGAUGAUGAAAGGUUUCGAUGGCUGGAGUGCGGCUGCGUCGGGCUCGAGUUCGAGUGCCGCAGCAGGUGCUCUUGUCGACCUCGACCGCUCCGCGCCCAUGAGCAAGGAGGAGAAGGCGGAGGCCAAGAAGAAGAGGGAGGCGGCCAAGAAGGCUGCCGAGCUGGAGAAGCGCCAGAACGAGGAGCAGGAGUUUCUCGACAAGAUUGCGCACAUGCCUGUGGCUGACCAGGAGAAGGAGAAGGCCAAGCGCGCCAACGACCAGGCGUUCGCCCAGGCCAAGAAAGAGUACGAGGCCAAGUACAACGAGGCGAAGACCAAGUCCACCAGCUUCCGCCACGUGUGCGAGGUGAUGGUUCCCCAGACCAUCGGGCUCCUGAACGAGAAGGGGUGCCCCGACGCCACGGGCCAGUACCUGAAAGACGAGGCUGACAAGGUCUUGGGCGCCGUCAAGGCGUUCAUCGAGCAGACUCUGGUAGGACAGAAGCUCCAGGUCAAAACUACGGAGGUGGAGAAGGCGACGGACUGUCUCGUGAAGGUAUUCAAGGAUUUCGAUUCGCGGGUCUGGAGCGAUCUGAAGAAAAUGUCUCACGGCUGUGCGAUCACGUCGACCGCUGAGGCGCUCCGCCCUCAAGUUUUUGAAUGGGCCGAGCGCAUCGGCAUCAGCCACGCCGAUACAGACGGCAUGAUCAUGUGCGGCUUAUGGGGGGACGGUGCCCCCUACCACACGCGUGACAGCCUGUGCAUGUUCACCAUCACAGCACUUACUGGCACGCGCAGUUGUGUUCAUUACCUUGCACUGUGCUACAACGAGUGCAAGUUCUGGGAUCCCAGCGAGAGUCCCAAGAAGCUCGCAGAAUAUGCUAGGCGCCACCUCAUCCUAUACAAGGAGCUUCAGAGUACACGGUUGGACAGUUUGUGUUGGAUGCUCAAGCCGAAACACCACCUCUUCCUCGAGGACCACUGGGAGUAUGCAGAUGAAUCAUGCAUCGGAGAUGCAGCUGAUCUCGCAGAAACGAUUCAUCCGUCCGUGAUGGGGACAAAGCUCAUGGACAAAUAUCGGUACACGUUCGCAGAUGUGUGA